UCGCUUCAGUACCGCGGGACCGUGCGGAGCCAGCAGGCGGGGUGGAACGUUGCUCCCUCAGAGUACAUAUACACCUCUCUAGUCCUAUAUACCGUCCAGCCUGUGUUACAUAGGACCCCUUGUCAGUCCUCGUCACAUUAUGGAGGGGUGGUCGACGAUGAAGGUGGUGGUGCUGCUGGUGGUGUGUUGUGCUCUCCUCGCCCCGCCCGCCGCUGCCAGACCCCCUUACAGACAGAAGCGUGUGAGUGACCAGCGGCUGGCGGAGCUGGAGACACUGCUGGCGCUGGCCAAGAUGAAGAACAGGAAGUAUGUCACUCUACCUGUUGGCUUUGGUCUCAUUGACGUCAAGCAGAUUGGCCGCCGUAAGAGGGCCACUUCUGCUGCCAUAGGUACCCCCAGGAUGAUGGCACAAAGUCUUGAUGAGUACGACUUAAGUGACCUCAUCACCGAGCUCUCGAGUUCCCUCAGUGCUGAAGCCCUGAGGAACGAUCGUUCCUUGGAGGAGAGCAAUUACCAGGCAGAGGACGCCAACCUCGAGGAGGAGGAGCUCAAGGAAGACAGGAAGGAGGGGCUUCUGCAGCAAGGGCUCCGGGAAGCUCCACCCACCAUCCUCUUCGGCAUGAGGGGCGUUCCUCGCCACAGGUUUAUCUAGAUGCUGAGGGAGGCAUCACACACACUUAAGAUCAGCCAAGAUUAUAUUUAUUUCAGCCAGUCAAGAGCUAUUCCUUAUUUGUUGACUUCAGUGUUAUGUUUGUAUCAGUCAUACUCCUCCAAAUCUGCUUUAAAGCGAGAUCUACAAAACGCAAAAUACAGACAUGACUAUUUCUUGGACAUGUCCGUCAAGUCAGCCACUACCAUUGAAAGCUAAACUGCUCAGAGGUUCCAACCACAAAGACUGUGCCAACCUUUGUAAUAUGUCCAUUGUGUCUGAUCCAAGAGGAAAAAGGGCAAUUGUCUACUUAAGCUAUGAUCAAUAGCUGCCAAAGUUUGUGUACAUAGUCAAAUUCAGGAGUUCUUUCAAUACCAAAGAUUUCCAUGUAGCUAGAAAAUAACAAGAUUAUAUAUAUAUAUAUAUAUAUAUAUAUAUAUAUAUAUAUAUAUAUAUAUAUAUAUAUAUAUAUAUAUAUAUAUAUAUAUAUAUAUAUAUAUAUAUAUAUAUAUAUAUAUAUAUAUAUAUAUAUAUAUAUAUAUAUAUAUAUAUAUAUCUCAAUCACAUAUAUAGUUGCUGUUAUUAGCAGGUUGGGUGUUAAAUUUCCCAUCUUAAUAUAAGAUAAAUACAGUAAGAUAAAUGAGAAAGUUAAGCUACAGUUCUCUUGUACUGUACUAUGAUGUGUUCUAAUCUUUUAUAAGAGGAUGUGAGUGAGAGCGUGGCCUGGACACACCAGUGUGUGAGUCUACCAGGACACGGCACAGAAGUCGUCGACGCACUGUAUACUUGCUGAGGCUGGACGUGUUACCCCUGAUAUUUAUUUACGUUUUCUUUUCAGCCGUCAUAUUUAUAUUCCCCUAUAGCUUUAUACAUCUCAUUUUCUCUCAAAUUUUUGUCGUGGAAUACUGUAUGCAAGAGAACAAUGUAGUCAAAUUAAAAAUAGUGUAAGUUAUAUGUAUGCAUAAAGGAUUCAAUAAAAGCAUUUUGUAUUAUCAAAAUAUAGUAAAUUGUAAUUUCUCAACCAUUUAUGUUUACAAUAAAAGUUUUGUUACUCUUCAUUUUGGGUGCUUUGGUAAAUUUAUUCAAAUUGGGAAAUUCUGAAACUCCAUUUGUAAAGAUUACAUAUAUACUGAUCUCAUUAAAGAUUAUCUUGAAUUUAGAA